GGCGGCGGUGGCAAGUGACGCCGCGCGUCUCCCUGGCUGCGGUGAGGGUGGUGACGGCCGGGGCGGGUCAUAAUGACGUCAGCAAGUAAAGCAAUUGAAUUGCAGCUACAAGUGAAGCAUAACGCAGAGGAAUUGCAAGAUUUCGUGAGGGAUUUAGAGCACUGGGAGAAUGACAUUAAACAGAAGGAUAUGGAACUAAGAAGACAAAGUGGAGUUCCUGAAGAGAAUUUACCUCCUAUUCGAAAUGGGAAUUUUAGGAAAAAGAAGAAAAGUAAAGCUAAAGAUUCUUCAAAAAAAACCAAAGAGGAAAACACAAAAAACAGGAUAAAAUCUUAUGAUUAUGAUGCCUGGGCAAAACUUGAUGUGGACAGUAUCCUUGAUGAACUUGACAAAGAAGAUAAUACCCACGAUUCUGUGUCCCAGGAAUCAGACUCAGAAGAAGACGGUAUUCGUGUAGACUCCCAGAAGGCUCUUGUUCUAAAAGAAAAGGGCAAUAAAUACUUCAAGCAAGGAAAAUACGACGAGGCAAUUGAAUGCUACACAAAAGGCAUGGAUGCUGAUCCGUAUAAUCCUGUGUUGCCAACAAACAGAGCAUCAGCUUACUUUAGAUUGAAAAAAUUCGCUGUUGCCGAGUCUGACUGUAAUUUGGCAAUUGCGUUAAGCAGGAAUUACACCAAGGCUUACGCCAGACGAGGUGCUGCUCGGUUUGCUCUGCAGAAAUUGGAGGAUGCCAGGAAAGAUUAUGAAAAAGUGCUAGAACUGGAACCAAAUAACUUUGAAGCAACAAAUGAACUCAGGAAAAUUGAUCAGGCUUUAACAUCCAAAGAAAACUCCCGUCCCAAGGAAGCUGCUACAGUAAUUAAACCACCUGAAGGAGAGAAAAAACAAAUUGAAGAUCACCAGAACAAGCAGAAGGCCAUUUCAGAGAAAGAUCUGGGGAAUGGAUUUUUCAAAGAGGGAAAAUAUGAGAGAGCAAUUGAAUGCUACACUAGAGGGAUAGCAGCAGAUGGUACCAAUGCCCUGCUUCCAGCCAACAGAGCAAUGGCCUAUCUUAAGAUUCAGAAAUAUGAGGAAGCUGAAAGAGACUGCACACAAGCGAUCUUCCUAGAUGGUUCAUAUUCAAAAGCUUUUGCUAGAAGAGGAACUGCAAGAACAUAUUUGGGAAAGAUUACUGAGGCCAAGCAAGAUUUUGAAACUGUUUUGCUUCUGGAACCUGGAAAUAAGCAAGCAGUGACCGAGCUUUCCAAAAUUAAAAAGGAAUUAAUUGAGAAAGGACAUUGGGAUGAUGUCUUUCUUGACUCCACACAGAGACACAAUGUGAUAAAGCCUGUAGCUAACCCAGCUGAUCGUGGGCCAUCUAAAGCACUCAAGAAGGUUUCUAUUGAAGAAAUUGGCAAUUUAAUAGAGACUGUUGAUGCGCCAGAUAGCACUGCCACUGCUCCUGAGAGUGGCCGAGCAAAUCCACCAGCAGCUGUGGGCACCCCAAGCAAGAAGAAUUCAAGCCAGGGGGACCCUUUGCCUGCAGGUGAUACUCCCAGAGCUAAAAUGUUGAAAAUAGAAGAAAUCAGUGACGCUUCGGCCCCACUACCACAGGGUGAUUUGAAGCAGGACGUGUGUCAGCCUCUCAGUGAGAAGAUGGGUGUGAAGGCGGAGCAGACGCCGGGUCAGCUUGCCACUGCUGUUCUGCCUCCAGUUCCUGCCAACUCCUUCCAGCUCGAGUCUGACUUCAGACAGCUGAGAAGCUCCCCAGACAUGUUGUAUCAGUACUUACAGAAAAUCGAACCAUCUUUGUAUCCGAAGUUGUUUCAGAGAAACCUAGAUCCAGAUGUAUUCAAUCAAAUCAUUAAAAUCUUACAUGACUUCUACAUUGAGAAGGAAAAGCCAUCUCUCAUCUUUGAAGUCCUACAAAGACUUUCUCAACUGAAAAGAUUUGACAUGGCAGUGAUGUUUAUGUCUGGAACCGAGAGAAAGAUCAUAAACGUAUUAUUCAAUCACUUAGAAAAAUCAGAAUUGGAGGAUUCUAUUGAAGAACUCAAGAAAAGAUACAGUGGCUGACCUCUAAGAUUGCUGAUGUUGUUUUUGCCUUUAUGUGUACUUUAUUUUUCUUACUGAAAUCAAGUGUUUUGUUUGGCUUUUUAAGAAAAUGAAAUCAUAUCUGAGGAAGACUCUCCUCUCUCUGGAUGGAUGUUAAUUCACUGUAAAGUAUGCUGUUGCCUAACUAGUGAGAAAUGCUUCAAAUAAACUAAGUUUUUAUGAAAAUAAAAAUAUAAGUGAUGAGA